AUGAGCCGACCCUGGGUCUACGACAUCAGGACGGAGCACGCCGCCCUAACCACCACCGGCGGCCGUGUAUGGAACGCAGCUCGCAGGCUGUGCUCCUUCCUGGAGGAGGUGGGCCCCGACCUGGGGCUGUUCCGGCCGGGGUUGAAGGUUCUGGAGCUGGGUGCGGGUCUGGGCUGGCUGGGCAUGACCCUGGCGCGGAACCUGCCUGCCGCUGAAGUGGUGGUCCUUACCGAGCAGGAGGAGGGGCGCGGUCUGGACUGGUUGAGACACAACCUGGCCCUCAACACGCACCUACCGGGAAUGCGGGUGGUCAGGGCGGAGCCAUGUGACUGGAGGCAGUACUACGACCGGGCUCAGCGAGCCGGCUCUACGGACGACUUCCAGCGCCCUCUUCUGCAGGUCCAGGACCAGGACCGGCUGGAUCUGGAUCUGGAUCUCAAUUCCCAGUCGACACCCAGGGAAGGGGGCCCAGAUCAGGAGACAUGGUCGGAGGGUGUUGCUACUGCUGGUGGUGGUGGUGGUGGGACAUCUGGUGGGAAUGGGGUUGUUGCAGGAUAUGUCAACCGAGGUGGAGCUGCCAGCCGUGAUGCUGCGGGUAGCUACUGUUGCGGUGAGGGCAUUGCUAGUGCUAGUGCUAGUGCUGCUGGCGGCAGUGGCAGUGGCGGUGGCGGUGGUGGCUGUUGUUUGCAUGCCCUGCAGUGGGACCUGAUCCUGGGCAGCGACCUGGUCUACAACUCCGUGGGGGCCGAGUGCCUGCCCAGGACCCACAAGGGCCCGCAUCCUCCCUGGAUGCAGCCGCGAGUCAUGCGCGCGUUGGCCGGUCCAGAUACCCGUAUUCUGUACUGCCAUACGAAGCACCGCUUCGACACGCACGACAUGCAGUGUCCAAUCUCGGGCUUCUCAGACGUCCCUUAUGGCUACUUCCCCCCAAUACACACGCACGAGGGGAAAACGACUAAGCUCCCAUCCCCGGACUCGAACGCCGCCGCAGCUACAGCUGAACUUUGGGUUUCUUGGGAGGUAGUGUAUGGUAACGGCGGGCAACCCCCUUCCUCCCGUCCGCCGCCAGGCCAGCGUAUAAAGUUUUUCCAGCUUAUUUCACGUCUUCCUCUUUCAACUCACUUUUUCUCUGAGCUGGCGUUGUGUGGCUUGGACUGCCGCGAGGUGCGGGAGCCAAAUGUGCCCACACCGCCGCCGUCACCGCCACCACUGACGGAGCUGUUCCCGGAGAUGCGCAUUGCCGUGUACGACAUAGGACUGGCGGCGCCGCAGCCGCCGACGGCGGUGGCGGGGCCUGAACCGGAUUGGGGGCUGGGUGGGGGCUAG